AUGAGCAAGAAAUUAGUGACUAAUGAAGAACAUGAAACCCUCUUAGACCUUAGAAAGAAAAGAUCGUGUCUAUCAAACAAGGAUCGGAGGGAUCUCAACUACUCUUCUGUCUUCUCAUCUCUAUCUCCAGCUCUCCAUUUUUCUUCCAAGAGAGAGAUUCAGGAUUUUAGACGAGCUGCAGAGUCAUUAGAGAAGCUAAUGGAUGUUACAAGAGAGGAGCUUCCUGAUACUAUGGCUGCAGUUCGACUCUCUAGUAUGGAGAUAACUAUGGAGCUCAGUGACACUGGCCAAGGAUACACAAGGUUUUAGAAGCACAACUCGAGUUGUCCGCUUAGCGGAGGAAAGAUUGUAACAGUUUUCAAACUAGCUAAUCUAUGAAAAAAAUUAAUGUCUAUACAAGUUUCUGUACUUUUGGCUACUUCUCCUUGAUUUAAUAGCACCCAUAGUUAUGCGAGGUCUAGCUAUAGCCUUCAAUGCGUUCGUUUAUGUCCUUGGUCACCAAAUAAUUUAAGCGUAACAUGUUUUUUAGUCAUCAUAAA